GUCACCAGCUGCAUUAACCCCUAACAAGAGAGUCUGCCUUUGCUUUGAAGCUUUGAAGCCAGGCAUUGACUUCUUGGAUCUAGUUGUGAAAGUCCUAGGGAGCAUUUUCUUCCAAUAAAAGGCUGUUUGAUCUACAUUGAAAAUCUGUUGACUAGUCACUUUCAUCAGUUAUCUUAGCUAGAUCUUCUGGAUAACUUGCUGUGGUUUCUAUAUCAGCACUUGCUGCUUCUCUUUGUACUUUUAUAUUAUGGUGAUGAAUUCGUUCCUUAAACUGCAUUAACCAACCUCUGCUAGCUUUAGGCUUUUCUUCUGAACUCUGAGCCUUCAUAGAAUUGAGGAGAGUUGGGUUCUCGUUCUGGAUUAGGUAUUGGCUUAAGGGAAUGUGACUGAUUUGAUCUUUCACCCAGAUCACUAAAAUGUUCUCCCUAUUAGCAAUAAGGCUGUUUUGCUUUCUUAACAUUUGUGUGUUCACUGGCGUAGCACUUCUGAUUUCUUUUGAUAAUAUUUCCCUUGCAUUCACAGCUUGGCUCUUUGGGUUAAGAAGCCUAGCUUUCUGCCUAUCUCAGUUUUAGAUGUGCCUUCUUCACUAUGCCUAUUGUUUCUAGUUUUUGAUUUCAAAUGAGAGACCUGCAACUCUUUUCAUUUGCUUACUUAGAGGCCAUAGUAGGAUUAAUAGGCUUAUUUUCAGUAUUGUUGGGUCUCAGGGAACAGGGAGGCCCGAGAAGAGGGAAGAGUUGGGGGAACGGCUGGUUGGUAGAUCAGUCAGAACACACACAUUUAUUGAUUCCUUUUUUUCUCCAAUGUUCAUUUUCUAAUAUGUAUUUUAGCAGUGGAAAGUACCUUAGAUAAAGCCUAUUAUUUUACUUAAGGUGAAAAUGAAUGUUCAUGGCCAUGGAACACUUUUCUUUUGAUUUAGGAUGAUAAUCCUCCCAGUAGUUUUAAAAUCCAUUAGAAAACCUUGCUAAGAUGAGAAUAAUUUUGAGGCUGGGCCAAGGAGAACAGAAAAUAUGGCUGGGAAAGGGAAACAAGAUAAACUUGGACCAGAUGUGCUCAGAAUGGAGGUUGCAUUAAUAGGAUAUCGGUUUGUCCCUUCCAAACCUUUGGAUGUAGGGUAAAAGAUACCUCUCAAGAAUCUUUCCCUGAAUUCCACCCCACCUGCUUCCUGACUAGAGUUUUCCGUCUGAUGAAGGUUGGCCAUUUGCAAAGUAUCUUGGAGCUUGUGGAAGAAUGGUGGCUGUAAAUUAUGUUGGAGAAGAACUGUGGAGUUACUUUAAUGCUCCAUGGGAGAAACGAGUUGACCUCGCUUGGCAAUUAAUGGAAAUAGCAGAACAGCUUACAAACAAUGACUUUGAAUUUGCACUCUACCUCCUGGACGUCAGCUUUGACAAUUUUGCAGUUGGUCCUAGAGAUGGGAAGGUAAUCAUUGUGGAUGCUGAAAAUGUUUUGGUUGCUGACAAAAGAUUAAUUAGACAAAAUAAACCUGAAAAUUGGGAUGUAUGGUAUGAAAGCAAGUUUGAUGACUGUGAUAAGGAGGCUUGCUUAUCAUUUUCAAAAGAAAUUCUUUGUGCUCGUGCCACUGUGGACCACAAUUACUAUGCUGUUUGUCAGAACCUCUUAUCCAGACAUGCCACCUGGCGUGGCACUUCUGGAGGACUCCUUCAUGAUCCACCAAGUGAAAUUGCCAAAGAUGGCCGGCUCGAGGCCUUGCUGGAUGAGUGUGCCAACCCAAAGAAGCGCUAUGGCAGAUUCCAGGCUGCAAAAGAACUGCGUGAAUACCUAGCACAAUUAAGUAACAACGUGAGGUAGUCUAUGGUGACCUUUUCUUUUUUCCUUCAUUUAAACAGCACUGGCUAAAACUAAACCACCAAAAAACUAUCUGAAAAAAUGAAAUUUGGAAGUGUUACAUUCAGAGGAUGAUAAACUUGCACUGAUAGAUCUUAAUGUUAACAUCCAUCAAAAUAAGACAUUACUUCAAAAAUCACAUGAUGCUUCUGCAAAUAAGUAUGUUCUUAUACUUUGGAGGCUUGAGCUGUCAUCAGCUGCUCCCCGCUACACCGGAAUGCUUGAGUGGAUUAAUGAAUAUUGUUAAGCUAUUGGAAAUGAGUCUGAUAGUACAUUGACUUGUGUAUCAAAGGGUACUUGGUACUUAGUUUGCAUUUACUAUCAUGAUUUUGUGAAUCUCUUGCAUUUACUUUGAAUGUCAAGUCAGAUUGGCCUGUUUUAUAGGCCGCUUUUUCCUUCUGAUGUGUAGGGUUUUUUCCCAUUUUUGUUUUUCUUUUAAAUUAAAUUUUGAAAAUUCAGGUUACUGUAGGUGUUCAUUUAAAUUUUUACUAGUUCUCAUUCAGUGCUAUUUGGUACGUAUUUACUGUUAGGGCAGGAUUCCCAGGUUUACUGUGUGUGUGUUUUUUUUAAAGAAAGCUAAAUAUUAUAUUAUGUAAAUACUUCUUUUCACCACCUUAUAUAGUUUCACCAUUGCAUGGUAUCAUUUCAGGUUAUUUAACAGUUACAUCCCUCUAUGCCAAUAAUUACAAGUAUACACUAAACAUGAAGUUUGGCAUAUGUUGCAAAAUGUCAUUUAUCUUUUACUAAAGACUUUAAGAAGAAUAUACUAGAAUCUGUAUCUUGAUGUUAAUUUUGAUUCAGAAAAAAAAUACAACCCAGUAUCUAAAAAGUGUUAACUAGUCCAAGAUAGUAAUGCAUAUGCCAAAGAAAUCUUACAGCUAGUCUCAUGUUUAGAAUUUAAAAUAGAAUUGGUCACCUACUUAUUCUUACCACCCUACUUCCAGUUUUCUAGCUCUGUCAUUAUUAAAUUCAGAUCUUCCUGAUGAUUCUUUCUGUUGAAAGUUAAACUACUGCUUUUAAGUAAUUUAAAGUUAUCCUACCUUUUACUAGUAGGUAGUUUUGCAAAAGUAACAUGGUAGCCAUUGUUUGAAUUUAAUUGGGCAUCAUAACCUUUUAUUUGUUGAGGAAGUAAUCAUUAUUACUGUAAAGCAGACAAGUUAGCCAGUCAGCCCACUUUGGUCUUCUUUACCUAAUGGUUAAACAUCAAAACAUCAAAUUUAAUUAUUUGCAUAGAAAUGUGUGGGCUCUUUAAAAAAUGUUACGGUAUGUAAGUUGACUAUCACUAACAGGUAAUAUUUUUCUGUUUGAAGUUGUUACUUUUGUUUACAGCAAAAUUUGAUGUAGUGUGCAGUAGUGAGCUCUAGACUGAUCUUUUUCUAAAUCAGAAAGUGAUUAAAGUAUGCACAACCAAAGCCACGUUUUUCUUUUUCAUUUAUUCAGCAACUAUUUAUUAAGCAUCAACUCAGUGCCAGGCACGUUACUAGCUGCUACAUACUGUCUGAACAUGACAUACGGUUAAGUAACUUUACAAUUAUUAUCAAAUACUUCAAUGUACAUAUUUCUUAAGUUGAAAUAGCAUUAACUAGGAUAAUGCAUUCAUGUUAUUUUAUUGUCUUGUGAUAGAAAUUCAACUUGUACCAUCUAAAACUAGGUUGCUAUAAAAAUAGGAGGAUGAAGUCAAUAAAGUUAAUUCCAGUUUAAAAAGUGGAAGGAAAAGGUAAGGAGCUCUCCAUUAUAAAAUAGUUGCAUUAUGUUAAUUUUUACAUAUUAGUGCAUUGCAUAUAUCAACUGGCCCUCAAUGAAACAUUUAAGUGCUUGGAAUUUUACUAAACUGACUCUUUUGCAACUUUGGGAGAUUUUUGAGGGGAGUAGCUAAAAUUGCCAAACACCUCUUACUCAAAACUUCAAAUAAAAUACACAUUUUGAAAAGGGAGCACCUUUUAUAUUUGAUAAGUUUUCAUUAUAAACCUUACAAUACCAGUCACAAAGAGGUUGUCUGUCUAUGGUUUAGCAAACAUUUGCUUUUCUUUUUGGAAAUGUGAUUGCAAUUGCAGAACAGAAAGUGAGAAAACACUGCCAGCAGUGAUUGCUACUUGAGGUAGUUUUUAAUAACUACCAUUUCCCCUCCAUGAAAUUAUGUGAAAUUUAUUUUAUCUUUGGGAAAAGUUGAGAAGAUAGUAAAAGAAUUAGGAAUUUAAAAUUACAGGGAAAAAUAUGUAAGUGAAAAGCAAUAAAUAUUUUGUUCACUUUGCUAUCAAGAAGUUCACUAUCAGAUAUUUAUUAUAUGGCAGCAAUUUAUAUUUUUAAUCAUUGCCCAUUAAUAGACGCAGUAAAAUAUUUUUGAAUCAGACAUUUGGGGUUUGUAUGUGCAUUAAAAUUGUCUUUUGUACUGUAAGUUACUGUUAAUUUGAAUAUUUUAUCAAACUGUCUCCCUGUGCCUUUAUAAUAUGAAGUUGUUUCUACAACUUUUAAUGAUCUUAAUAAAGAAUACUUUAAGAAUGACA